AUGGCCUCCAAAUUUUCGCAUCAAAAACAUGAAGAGGAGCUUUCCGAGGUCGAUGUCGUGGAAUGGGCAAGACACGACCUCGAAAAGCGUUUUUCAAUUGGCUUCAACCCGGGCCACAUCGGGACCACUAGUAGUCCUGUUGCAAGCGACAUCCACGUCGUGAUUCAAACGCCGGGUCUUCCACAACUAGUGAGACCUCGACGGCUGAUGGUAACAGCAACACUAACGGGAUUACUUAUUGCCGUGCUACUCAUGGCACUCGACGUUAACAUUUUGGCCACAAGUAUUCCAAAGAUUACAACAGAAUUCCAAAGUCUCCGUGAUGCGGCAUGGUAUUCAGCGGCAUUCUCCCUGGCUCGACUUGCAACACAGCCAAUUUAUGGCCGGUUGUAUACUCUGUUCUCCAUGAAAGUAAUAUUUUGCUGCAAUAUGGCUACUCUUGCCGUGGGUUCCACCAUCUGCGCUGUGUCACCAAACUCCAUGACCCUGAUUAUCGGUCGCGGCAUUCAGGGUUUGGGAGUCAGUGGCGUGGCGUCAGGGGCUCUAAAUAUUGGUGGUUACACCGUGUCGAAAGCCCAAAUGCCUAUGAUGAUCUCUAUCAUGAGCUCUAUGAUGAUGGCAGCGGCUCUUGGAGGCCCAGUCCUCGGAGGCGUCUUCUCGGAAAGCUUUCUGACUUGGCGAUUUGGCUUUUGGCUCAACCUACCGCUUUCUGGUGUUAGUAUGAUUUUGGUCUGGAUCUUUUUCCCAGAGCCUCACAGACCUUCAACCAGAAUUUCACUGGAAGAUAAGCUUAUCAGGCUGGAUCCUACAGGCAGCAUUCUCAUACUGGGUUCUAUGACCUGCCUAGUCUUAAGCCUUCAGUGGGGUGGCAAUCUCCUGCCGUGGAGUAGUACAAAGGUCUUUGGCUGUUUGAUCGGAUUUGGAGUCCUAUUCUUGAUAUUUGCAUUUUUGCAAGUCAAGCAAAAAGACAAAGCCCUUGUUCCAGUUCGUAUCGUGAAGCAGCGAACCGUCGGAUUGAGCUGUGUCGCAACUACCUGUACUUAUCUGGGCGUCACGGUCCUGGCGUACUACGUGCCCUUUUACCUUCAAGCUGCCAGGGGUUUCUCUCCAAGAAUAGCUGGGUCAUAUAUGCUUGCCCUUGGGGGACCCGAGACGCUGGCUACUCUUGUGUCUGGAGCAUUGAUCACGUACACAAAACACUACGUUCCCAUGAUAGUACUUGGUGGAGCGAUAUACUCACUCGGCAGUGGACUUUUGUCGAGCCUCACCACUAGCAGUAACGCUGGACAUAUCAUAGGGUAUUCCAUUUUGACAAGCAUUGGCAUCGGUUUCAGUGCCCAAGUUCCGCUCACUGCCGUUCGAAAUGUCCUGCACGAGGCAGACAUACCAAUUGCAAAUGGUUUAAAUGUUUUCUCACAAAGCUUGGGUGUUGUGCUUGGGGCACCCAUUGCCCAAUCAGUCUUUAUCAAAACACUGACUAGCCGUUUGGCAUCUCGUCUCCAGCAAGGAAAUGUCACCCAGAUUACCGAUCUGGGGGCGGCAAAUAUCAAUCCCGCGCAUAUUGAGCCGCAGCUUCUGUCCUUUGUUGCGGAAGCUUAUCGAGACGCCUCGACUACUUCCCUAUAUGUGGCUGCUACAGCUGCUGCAGUCGUUAGUACAGCUGGGUUAUUUAUGGAGUGGAAGACAUUUAAAACUAAGCAUGAAUUGGAGAGUUAA